GCGGAUAUGUAAAGCUAGCUCAUGUACACGUAAUAUAACGUUUGUGCUUUUAUUGUGGUAACUUCCUGUGUGACCGGAAGUGAACGAUGUGACGGUAACUAGCUUGAUGCACAAAAAAGACGGAAGAAAGCGGAAAACUAAUGCUAACGGAGAAAAGGGAGAGAAGGACACGGUUAAACUAUAAAAAUCAAUGGUUCUAGCUACAGUCGACAGGGGAACAAGUUCUUACGUUGGUUCGUUGUCUGAUACACGGCAAGGAACAAUAAAGGUCAUUCAACAACCAUCAGUUCUGGCCUUCUCAGUUCGACUGGAUGCUACAGUAAGAACUUGACCGCCGCCAUUUUGCUACACCACAAAGGCUCAAGGUUUAACGACAAUUCCCACGACGUCCAGCGGAUGGCAGAUGCAGGUCAGAGAAUAAAACGGUGAAAGGCAUAAGGAAAAUAAAGUUAAAAUGGAGGAUUCAGAAGAAGACAUUAACGAACAGUUUGCAAACAAAGAAAAAAUAUUAAAUGAGCUGCAAGAUAAAGCUCAAAGCGACUCCGCGAUUCCAAGGCGUUCAGAAAGAGCCAAGGUGCCAACAGAAAAAAUGCUAACUUAUCAGAGAGAAGAGAUAAGUAAAAAAGAAAAAAGACUAUUAACUCUUUAUGAACAAUGGAAAAUACGAGUGCGAGAAACAAGAGAAAGAUUAAAGUUGGACAUUUCAGAGAAAGAAAUGGCAGAUCUUGCAGAUGAUGUAGAGCAAAGAAAAGAUGAACUGCUAAAGUUGUACACUGAAAUGAGAAGUCACAUUGCACCUUCAUCAGACAUACGAAGAAAAACCGAUGCAUGUGAAGCAGUUACUCAUGACAUUGUGAAAGUCAUCCUGGAAAGAAUAAGUGGUGUAGAUGGAGACUUUGAUGCAGAAUAUGAAAGAAAACGUCUACGCAGACUAUUAGAACAUGAUUAUGCCCAAUCCAUCUAUGGUUCAACUGCAGCAUCGAAACGUAGCCAACUGUCUUCAGCCUCACAUCUUGCUUCAAAACGAGCAGAUGCAGCAGCAAAACUAGCAGCGAAAGAAGCAGAGUACAAGAUUGUACAAGAGGAACAAAGACAAAAGGAAAAGAUAAAGGCUCUAGAAGAGGAGCAUAAGAAACAAAUGGCAGUUCAAACAUCAGAGUUGGAACGCCUGAAAGCCGAAAGGGAGGUGGAAGCCGCUCGCGCCAGGUUGGACGUCUACAACAGAGAGUUAUCGCAACUUGAUGAUGCAUAUUCAGUAAAGACGGAAAGGGUGAACCCAGAGCAUACACCCAAACACACUGUACCAUCAUGCACCAUACCGGCGCCAACAGCCCCUCCUAGCGUCAGCCAGCUUGCGCAGGCGGUACAAGACAGCAUAAGAAUAAAUAGACUCCCCACGCCAGAACCAACAAUGUUUAGUGGUGAGCCAAUAAAAUUUAUUGAAUGGAAAUCCACUUUCAUGUCACUUAUUGAACAAACUGGCAUGUCAGCAGCAGAUAAACUGUACUAUCUAAAAAGGUAUGUAACUGGCUCAGCUCGCAAGUGCCUUGAAGGGACUUUCUUCAGAAAUGAUGAAGAAGCAUAUAACGACGCUUGGACAAAGUUAAACCAAAGGUAUGGCCAGCCAUUUGUGCUACAAAGGGCAUUUAGAGAGAAGUUAUCUGGUUGGCCUAAAAUACAGUCGAGAGAUGCUGAUGGGCUAAGGAACUUUGCUGAUUUUGUGAAUGCAUGCACACUUGCCAUGCCUCAUGUGAAAGGACUACAAAUACUCAAUGACUGUGAAGAAAAUCAGAAACUGUUGCAUAAACUGCCAGACUGGAUAAACACAAGAUGGAACAGGCAUGUAACAAAGAUACUCAUGGACGGUGGUGAAUUCCCCAGCUUCAGUGAAUUUGCCUCCUUUCUCUCACUUGAAGCAGAAGUAGCAUGCAACCCAGUCACUUCCAUACAUGCACUUCGCUCUCACGGAAACGAAUGA